AGCGUAGCUCCGCCUCCUUCACGCGAGGAGCGCGGACGUGUGUGAGGUCACUUCCUGUGUGCUGGGCGAUUUCCUGUGGCGUUCCUACCCUCGCUCUCUUUUUCGCUGCCUGACCGCCGCCAUCAUGGGUCGCAUGCACGCUCCCGGGAAGGGCCUGUCCCAGUCGGCUCUGCCUUACCGCCGCAGCGUCCCCACCUGGCUGAAAUUGACGUCUGACGACGUGAAGGAGCAGAUCUACAAACUGGCCAAGAAGGGCCUGACUCCCUCACAAAUCGGUGUGAUCUUGAGAGACUCCCAUGGUGUUGCACAAGUACGUUUUGUGACAGGCAAUAAAAUCUUGAGAAUUCUUAAGUCCAAAGGACUUGCUCCUGAUCUUCCUGAGGAUCUUUACCAUUUGAUUAAGAAAGCUGUUGCUGUUCGAAAGCAUCUUGAGAGGAACAGAAAGGACAAGGAUGCUAAAUUCCGACUGAUUCUGAUCGAGAGCCGUAUUCACCGGUUGGCUCGAUAUUAUAAGACUAAGCGAGUCCUCCCCCCCAAUUGGAAAUACGAGUCAUCCACAGCCUCUGCCCUGGUCGCAUAAAUUUGACCAUGUACUCAAGCAAUAAAAUUAUUGUCUAACUAGAA